CUCGCGCCCACUGACACGCCCCGACUGCAGGGAGUUGGGCAGUUGUAAAGUUGUUCGCGCAACUUCGCCGCCGCGAGUCAACAAUGGGGAAGGUGGCGUUCGUCUCGCUGGCUGUAGCGGCUCUAGCAGCGCUGCUCGGAGAAAGGAUCGUCAGUUUGAGGAGACGGAGCCUCGCCUCCAGGGAACUCACGCAGAACCACCUCCCCAACUGUGUUCUGCUCAAAAGCCUGGAUCACGGCUCGGAGGAUAUAACGAUCCUCGGCGACGGACUCGCCUUUAUCAGCGCUGGUCUGAAGUAUCCUGGACUUCCAUUCUCAGACCUUCCGGGAAAGAUUUUUACGCUCGAUCUGCACGAUCCUCGGCUGAAACCGGCGGAGCUUCGCAUGCCGCGAAGCUUUGACCUGGAGUCCUUCAACCCCCACGGCAUCAGUGUGUACACGGAUCCAGGUGAUGACACUAUUUACCUGUUUGUUGUCAAUCAUCCUCAACACAAAAGCCAAGUAGAGCUGUUUAGAUUUGUUGAGGACGAUAACUCUCUGGUGCAUGUGAAAACCAUAAAGCAUGAGCUUCUCAACAGUGUGAAUGACAUCGUUGCCUUGGGAGUGGAUUCCUUUUAUGCCACCAACGAUCACUACUUCUCUAAUGAAAUCCUCAAAACGCUCGUGGAGAACUUUCUGGGCGCAGCGUGGUCCAAUGUCGUGUACUACAGCCCCGAGGAAGUCAAAGUGGUCUCUGAGGGUUACGCGUUCGCUAACGGCAUCAACAUCUCCCCAGACCAAAGGCAUAUAUACGUGGUCAACCUCUUCCACCAUGACGUGCAUGUGUUGCAGCGAAAAGAAGACAACUCGUUGGUGAGGAUUAAGGUUGUGCCUGUGGGCUCAGUCUGUGACAACGUUGAGGUUGAGCCAGAAUCUGGUGACCUGUGGUUGGGCUGUCACCCGAAUGCAUGGAAAGCCCUGAACUUUGAUGCCAACGACCCCCCAGGAUCAGAGGUUAUCCGCAUCCAGAACAUUCAUUCUGAUGAGCCAGUGGUGACUCAGGUGUACGCUGACGACGGCAAGGUGAUCAUGGGCUCCUCCGUGGCCACCACCUACGGGGGGAAGUUGCUCAUCGGCUCCGUGUUUCAUAAAGCCUUGGUCUGUGAUUUGGAAUAGGCGGCGACUCAACGCUGUGCUUCUCCGAGUGGAAGAGUUCCAAAAUAUGGUCAAAAUUCAAUGGAGUUAAGAGAUUUCUAUUUGCAUUUCUACAUUGGCGUAAAGUUUGCAGUGUAAUAAUAAAGUGUCAUCAUUUCAGUUGUGAGCUACAAAAUGUGAAUUUUGUUUGACUUGAAGUCAAAGAAUAAAGAGCCUUGUGACAACUGGA